AUGUCCAACCCGAUUGAUUUCCUUGGCGGUUUUGUCAAGGGAACAAAGAUCAUGAUGGCCAGUGGGGAAAGAAAAAGUGUUGACGGCAUUAAAGUCGGGGAUUUUGUCAUGAAAGAAGAUGGCACACCCGUGCAAGUAGUCGCUACACCGAGUAAAGUCACCGACACAAUAACAAUUCAUCAAGCUACAAACCAUACUGCUCAUCUUAAAGAUCCGACUCGCUCACCUCCGUGGGGAGUUUUCGGGUUCACAUGUGCCAAGCGUCAGUCUUUAAAGUUUGAGACAUAUCAAGUCAAGAAGGAUUCGUACAGAUCUAAUGGCAAAAGAGUUAUUAGUAUCCAUCAAUUGACAGCAACUCAAACCAGGGAUGGCAGAGAGAUUGUAGUUGUAAAGAAUAAGGACAAGCUAUACAAGCAUGCUGGCGAUGAGGAAGCUGCAAAUGAGUACAUCAGUAAGGUAAUGGGCCCAUACCCUUACCGUAUAAUAGAUUGGGAGUGUGAAGUUGGGGAUUUGGAUUAUCUCACUGGGGGGCCUCGCACUUCGACUGACUUGAGUUUUUACCCGCUAAAUUUUGAGAAUCCAGUUUUGUUACCUUGGUUAGAAAAUCAUUUUAGUCGUGCGGUCUCGACCAAAGAAAUAGAAGGAAUGUCAUGGUUGCUUGGGUUCUGGGUUGGCGAUGGGUACCGAAGAGGCCCGAUUUUUGCUUUACACAAUGAAGACAAUGACGUCAAUGGUCGUUUGAGAAGAAAUGGUGCACUCUGGGGCAUGGAUUUGAUUAUCAAAAAAGUUGGACCGGAAUCCAGUAAAAAAGCAACAGGGUACUUGCACACAUAUACUGGAACAUUGCGUAAUUUGUAUCAUAAGAGUCCAAUUUGCGAGGUUCUAUCUGGAUUAGGAUUUUGGGAAAACGGGCGUAGAGGCGCUGCAAAGAGGGUUCCUAUGUUUUUGAGUACUGACCAGGUAAUUGUCCGCGAAGCGUUUCUGGCUGGACUGAUCGAUUCUGAUGGGUGUUGUCGAAUCCAGAACAAUUGUCUAAGAGCUAAAAUAGUUACUGCGUUGCCUCCUGUGCGUGAUGCUAUAAGUGCUAUUGGGCGCUCAUUAGGUUUAAACGUCACGGUAUACUUUUAUCAUGAACGAAUCCAUAAACUUGGUUACCAUGAAAGCGAUGCGUGGACUUUUAAUCUUUUCGGAGGCCCUAACCUUGAGAUUUUGCAAUCCAUCCUUAACAGGUGCUCUUGCGAAAGGAAAAGGGAUCCCCCCAUUCAGUAUGAAAAGGCUAGCGAAGAGUUUGAAAGUCAGGAAGAUCGUAGUUCUCGCAUCCGCAAAGAAAUGUUGGCGGAAGAAGAUUCGGAGGAAGGAAACGAUGAUACAGAUGAUACUGAGGAUGCGCUGCUUUCGGAAAUAGAUGAAAUGUCACUUGUAGAGGCUAAAGACCUGAAAGUCGAAACCCCAGACACAUAUUUUGAUGGACAGCAAGGAGACGAGCACAAGGAUAUUGUUUUAAAUCCUAACAGAGUUAGAUUCACUACCGAAGAUUGUGGUGAAAAAGAAGUUUUCGGGUUAAUUUGCUCGACCAAGACCAAUCUCUUGACUGGAGACCAAAUUGUUGUUGGGAGCUCGAGGUAUGUUACAGGGGAAACAACAUCACGGCCGGAGUUUGCUAUAACUUGCUUAUCGUGCAAAUGCAAGAAUACCAUAGUGUGGUGUCGAGUGCCAUGGGAUAGAGCUGGAUGCCAUCGGGUUUGUCACCCAUGUGCACGAGCUUACACACGAUCGAAGCUGAAGUGCUACAAAACAACAUGCAAUCACAUACUAAAACCUUGCAUUUUCAAUCUUUUCCGUAGUCGUGAUCUUGAAAAGAGAACACGCAUUAAUGCGGAUGGUACGUCCUUGGAAGGGUAUCCUUGCAAGAAAUGCGUCGGCGGAAUAUACGUUUCCAAUUCUCGAGAUUAA